GCCGGUGGGUGCUAAGCACUCACUAAGUUUUUCCUUGGGAGCUCCAGCGCCUGUGGAUUCAGCAGUAACGCAAGGAACUUACAGGCCUGAAUCCUGUAAGACGUUAGCUUCAGCAAGCUUGAGGCCUAUGAACUUUGAAGAGCUAAGCUUUGUGCAGAUAAACGGCCCAGUGGAAAACCUCAAGUAUUUGGGGAGCUGAAAACAGAGUGUAUACGGGGAAGUUCUGACCACAGGUACAUGAUCCAACUUCAGGAGUGUCUAGGGUGACCAGAUGUCCCGAUUUUUGGGUCUUUUUCUUAUAUAGGCUCCUAUAACCCUCCACCCCCAUCCCAAUUUUUCACAUUUGCUGUCUGGUCACCCUAGAAGUGUCAUGGUAAUGAAUUUACAUACAUAACAGGUACAUGUGCUACAUCCGCAGAUACCUAACCACUAAAGGGCCAUGGAAACAAAUUGCCGUGUUUAGAUAAUAAGUUGAGAUCACUGAUAUACUAACCCAGAGAAGAAAGACAGUCCAAAAUUGGAAAGAGGUGAUCAUCCCCUGGGCUGAUCUCAACCCCCUUGGACAUGUCCCGCACCCCUGUACAGAUGGUGCUGCAGGGGGUCCAUUACUGAUGCUAGGCGAUCCCCAGGGAGAUACGGCUGUGCUUCGGCUCAGAGACAGGCCAUGGCUGCCCAGGUGGCUCCCCCAGCCGCUCUCAGGCUCCAGUUCCAGCCCCCACCAGGAUGUGGCCUGGUUCCCAAAGAGGAAGUGGAGGAGCAAGAUGCCCACGGAGCCAUCGACAUGGAGAUGCAUCGUCUGCGCUUCAGGGGUUUCUGCUACCAGGAGGUUGAGGGUCCCCGGGAGGCGUAUGGCCACCUCUGCCUCCUCUCCCAGGCAUGGCUGAGGCCGGAGCAGCGCUCCAAGGAGCAGAUGCUGGACCUGCUGGUACUGGAGCAGUUCCUGAGUAUCCUGCCCCAGGAGAUCCAGAGCUGGGUGGGGGGGUGUCACCCCCAGACCGGGGAGCAGGCCAUGGCACUGGCAGAGGGUUUCCAGUUAGCCAAGCAAAAGCCCGGAAUAUGGCCACAGCAGGAGGAGCUGGUGACAUGGAAGGAGGAGACUGUGUGUUCCUCUGCGGCAGAGCAGGCAGAGCUGGAUCCAGGACAGGGCGAGAUCUGCAGGGAGGUUAAGGAGGAGAAUAAGGAAGACACUUUCAUUUUGCUGGAAGGAUUCACCAUCCCUGACCUGGCUGCGAUCCCCCAGAUGGAGCCCGAGGAAGAGCCGAGGGUCCCGAAUCUCCAGGGCUCUGACGAAAGGGAGAUCCCGAAAGGCGCCCACAGAGCAGGUGCCAGGACAGAUGAGGGGAAUCCCCAGUGGGAAGGACCCGUGGGAGCUGAGCCACCUGGGACGUCCCGGAGCCCCGAGCAGGGAGAUGCCUGUGGGACAGCAUGGCUGCAGGGAGACCCCCCAGGGGAGGAGAGACCUGCUGGGUGUGAUGACCCCCAGCCUCAGGGAACCCACAUGGGACAGAAACCCCGUAAAUGCCCUGACUGCGGGAAGAGCUUCAGGUGGAACUCGGCGCUCCUCCACCACCAGCGAUCCCACACGGGGGAAAAACCUCAUCUGUGCAGGGAAUGUGGGCAAAGUUUUGGGCAGAAAUCCACCCUGACUAGGCACCUGAGGAUCCACACUGGAGAGAGACCCUACACGUGUCCCCAGUGUGGGAAAAGCUUUAGCCAGAAGUACAGCCUGUCCCAGCAUCAGAUGACGCACGAGCAAGAGAGACCUCACAAAUGCACCGCAUGCGGGCAAAGCUUCGCUCUCAAAUCGUACCUUGUUCGACACUUGGUGAAACGCCACAUGGGACAGAAACCCUAUAAAUGUCUCCAUUGUGGGAAGCAGUUUGCUUGGAGCUCAGACCUGAGGAAGCACCAGACGACCCACAUGGGGGAGCGCCCCUACAGAUGCCCCCAGUGCGGGAUAGGGUUCACCCAGAGGUUCAGCCUCCUAACACAUCAGAGGACCCACAUGAAUGAGAGACCCUACAAAUGCCCCUACUGUGACAAGAGCUUCAACAGGAGAUCGGGGCUUGUCAAGCAUCAGAAGACCCACACAGGGGAAAAACCUCAUGAGUGCACCGAAUGCGGGCAAGGCUUCGGGCAGAAAUCAAACCUGACUAGACACCUGAGGAUCCACGCUGGGGAGAGACCCUACAAAUGUACCAAAUGUGGGAAAAGCUUCACUCAGAAAUCAAACUUGGUUCAACACUUGAUGAAACGCCACAUGGGAGAGAAACAUGAUGCAGCAAAUGAGCCGGUGACAUGGGAGGAGGAGGCUGCAUGCUGCUCCAGGGCACAGUGGACAACGCUGGCCCCAGAGCAGGGCAAGAUCUGCAGGGAGGUGAAGGAGGAGAAUAAAGAAGAGCAUCUGAUCUCACCGGGAUUCCCCAUCCACGACCUGGCCAUGGUCUCUCAAAUGGAGCGAGGGGAAGAGCUGAGGGUCCCAGAUCUCCAGGGCUCUGAGGAAAGGGAGACCCUGCGAGGCGCCCACACAGGUGCCAGGACAGAGGAGGAGAAUCCACAGCAGAAAGAGCCUGCAGGAGCAGAGCUGAACAGGAUGUCCUGGAGCCCUGAGUGGGAAGACCCCGGUGGAGCAGGAUGGCAGCAGGGAGACCCCAUGGGGGAGGAGAGACCUGUUGGGUGUGAUGAUCAUAAUCCUCAGAGAUCCCAUGUGGGACAGAAACCCCAUAAAUGCCCCGACUGUGGGAAGAGUUUCAGGGGGAACUCGACGCUCCGCCAUCACCAGCGAUCCCAGGCGGGGAAAACACCUCAUCAAUGCAGGGAAUGUGGGCACAGCUUUGUGCAGAAAUCAAACUUGACUAGACACCUGAAGGUCCACACUGGGGAGAGACCCUACACAUGUCCCCAAUGUGGGAAAAGCUUUAGUGAGAAGUGCAACCUUUCCCAGCAUCAGUUAAUGCACCGGCAAGAGAGACCUCACAAAUGCACUCAAUGUGGGCAAAGUUUUGUGCAGAAAUCAACCCUGACCAGACACCUGAAGGUCCACACUGGGGAGAGACCCUAUACAUGUCCCCAGUGUGGGAAAAGCUUUCGUCAGAAGUACAGCCUGUCCCAGCAUCAGUUAAGGCACCAGCAAGAGAGACCUCACAAAUGUACCACAUGUGGGCAAAGCUUUGCUCUCAAAUCGUACCUCGUUCACCACUUGAUGAAAUGCCCCAUAGAAGAGAAAUCCUAUAAAUGCCCCGAUUGUGGGAAACUGUUUGCUCGGAGGUCAGAUCUUAGGAAGCACCAAAUGAACCACAUGGGGGGACGUCCCACAGAUAUCUCCAGUGCAGGGUAGGGUUCACCCAGAGAUUCAACCUCCUGGUGCAUCAGAGGACCCACACAGGUGAAAGACCCUACGGCUGCUUGGACUAUGGGAACAGCUUCAAUUGGAGAUUGGGGCUUGUCCAGCACCAGAAGACUCACAUGGGGGAAAAGCCUCAUGAGUGCACUGAAUGCGGGCAAGGCUUCAGGCAGAAAUCAAACCUGACUAAGCCUCCCUGCUCUGAAGGCAGCGCUGCCACCAGCAGCAGUGCAAUAGGGUGCUAAGUCUGCUGUGAAAAGGGAGUAUUAAUAAAGUUUCUUCGUGCCCCUCACCAGAGAAUCUCAGGCACACCUCCCAGUUGGUGCACCAUUGGUCUAGCCCACUUCAGCCCCCCACUGGGAAGAGGCUGGCACAGCCCCUGACUCAUGACCCCCAUAUAAUAACCUUGCAACCCCCUCGAUCAGCCAAGGUCUGGAGUUCCACUUCUUCCCCAAAAUAAAACCUAAAAUGGCUGAAUGAGAUUACUGUUAAUUGCCUAAGCAAGAAUCUCACUCAUAGUUGUCAUAUGGAUAAAACCUCUUUUUCACUCCCAAUAUAGCUAAAAAGACCUUCAAAAAGUCACCAGGUAGGGUGAUACCCCGCUUCCCCAUGGGACACUGGGAGUGGAUCAAAUGAUGGGUGGGGAAGCUGGCAGACUGAAGGUCUAAUAGCGCGAACUGUUACCCCAAGAAACCAAAGCACAUGUUUUCAUCCCAAAUGCGAAACUAUACAUCUGUUGUGCUAAUCAAUCAAAUAUACCAUGGACAAUCUGUUUUGUCCUAUCAAUAUGUCUUCCUCCCCAAAUUUAGAAGCUGCACACUUGUCUGCUCUGUGAAUCAGAUAAACUCUCUCUCUAUGUGGAUAAUGUCUUCUGGGCUAUUGUGAGAACUAAAUAGUAUGAAAUGUGUAUAUACAAUCAAAGAAUGUAUGGAAUUUAUCCACCAGAUUUAGAAGAUUAAUGGAUUUUGUUUGUUUUCUUGGUAUAUGAUGGUUGCACUCCAGAAGCAAUAGGCAUUGGAUCGCACGAAACGGAAGAUUGAAAGAUAUAACGACCUCACCAGGAUAUAGCCUUGAAUUUGUUAAAAGGGGUGAAAUUCCAAUAAACAACAUCACAAGAUGUGCGAGGUGAUAACUUUUAUUUUUACGGGCCAUUUGCCAACCAAGUGCUCAGAUUUCAGCUCAGUUUCUCUGCUGUUUCCAUGGGUAUCGAGUAGAUGGCGGUAGGGUACAACAAAAGUUUUCAAUCUUUUUCCUAUCAGAGUCUUUUUGUUUGAUUCAUUUCAAGGACUGUAUUUCAUAUUAGCCUGCCUCAUUUAUUGCACGCAGUGUAGUUGUAGUUCGUAGUUGUAGUCGUGUUGGUCCCAGGAUACUAGAGAAACAAGGCUACUCUCAUUCCUGUGCUGCUGCUGGUGGCAGCGCUGCCUUCAGCGCAGGGAAGCUGUGAAAAGUGAAAUUAACAAACAUACAAAUAUCACUUUUCACAGCAGACUUGCUAGGGCAGAAGUCACAGCAGCAGCACAAAAAUAAGGGUGGCAAUGGGGCGCUAAGUCUGCUGUGAAAAGUGAUAGUGACAAAAUUCCUUUGCACCGCAACAACCCUAUUAAAUAGUAACUAUUUUCCAAAUAACACUUCUGCUUAGAAGAAUUCAAUAAAAAAAUGUGUUUUAGUCUUAAGCUGGUCAAAUAAAAGAUAUCACUUCACCCAUCUUGUUUCCCUAGUAUCAUGGGACCAACAUGGCUACAACUACACUGCAUGCAAUCAAUGAGGCAGGCUAAUAUGAAAUACAAUCCUUGAAAUGAAUCAAACAUAAAAAGACAUAGGAAAAGGAUUGACAACUUUUGUUGUACACUACCGCCAUCUACUGGUUACCCAUGGAAGCAACAGAAAUUGAGCUGAAAUCUGAGCAUUCGGUUGGCUUAUGACCAGUAGAAAUUACAGGGAGGCCCCCCUCCAACAAGGACUGGAAUAAGGGUCUAUAAAACUGAGGUCACCCUGUGGGAGGAGUCGAGUUGGCUGAACCCCUGAAGAAUCUGCAGUAUCCCCAGAUGUUUGGAAGCAUUCUCCCCCUUAUCCAGGGUUAACAGGAUAAGAAGAGGUGAGAUUUCAUUUCAAAGAUUGUAUUUCCCCUUCUGUUCUUUAACAUAAACUGAAGGUUGUAUUAAGUCAGUAUUCUCUAGUGAGACUUCACGUAACAACACUGUAGAUUUUCACCAAUGCUAUAAGCACGCUGUCCUUUAUAAAAACUCAAACAAACUGGCCUGCGAGUGAUUUAAAACAAUAACUUUAAUCAAUUGCUUUUAAUAGUCUAAAUUUGUCUCUUUUGAACCAAUCCAUUCAAGUAGCCGCGAUCACAUUUUUCAAAGUGCCUUAAAGAUAAGUACCUCCUUGGAACUGCCAUAAUGUGUCAGGUACUAAAGUACUGAUGCCUGAUGUCAUAAUAAAUGUCAUAAGAAACC